CUUCACACAUACAUACACACUAUGCCGAACGUUAAGGACGUGCACGCGGAGAAGUUCAUCAUGGCUCUCUCCCAGUUCCUCAAGGAGAACGGCGGCAUGAAGGUGCCCGACUGGGCCGAGUACGUCAAGACGGCGCACUUCAAGGAGGCCUCGCCGACCGACAACGACUGGUACUUUGUGCGUGCCGCCGCCAUCGCCCGCCAGGUGUACCUGCGCGGCGCCACUGGCGUGGGCAUGUUCAAGCGCAUCUACGGCGGCAAGAAGCGGAACGGCACCGCCCCCAACCACGUUGCCACCGGCUCGGGCGCCGUCGCCCGCUCGUGCCUCAACAACCUCGAGACCAUCAAGUUUGUGACCCGCGACGCCAACAACAUGCGCAUCCUCACCUCUGAGGGCCGCCGCCACAUGGACCGCAUCGCCACCGCCCUCGUGCAGUCCAAGUACGCUGUUGUCGACGACGACGAGUAA